AAAGUUAACCCCCAAAAAAAAAAAAAAAAAACCAGUAAUUUCGAUGUGUGAUACCAACUUUUUCCACUCAACUUUCAGUGAUUUUAUCCUAUGAAUUAUACCUCCAGUUUCACUCCCAAAUUCAUCUUCAGCUCCAAAGUCUCUGUCUGUUGUAUGAAUCCUACCAUGCACACCACCUGUUCGAUAUAAUUUCUCUAUUUUUUUUUUUUCAAGAGAAAGAACAUCUCCCAUUUUAUUUAUUCUUCUCUUAAACUUGAAAAUUGGAUGGUAGUUAGAUUUAUUAUGAUGGCUUUCAGGAAGAAAUCGUAUUCGUGGAUAAAUAUUUUGGGAGAAUUGGGAGGGCAUCGUUCUUACUGUUCUAAAUUCGACUUGAAGAAGCUGAGACCCCUCAUUCUUAAGAGAAUUGAAAAUCGUGCUAAGGACUAUUCAGUACGAGGCAUGGUCCCUGUCGCAGAGGAAGUUCUAAAAGCCAGAGCUUCUUUGAUUCGAGGCAUCUCCACCCUUGUGAAACUUGUUCCUGUCCAGGCUUGCAAGUUCUGCCCAGAAGUAUACAUUGGAGAGAAAGGUCACUUGAUUCAAACUUGUCAUGGUUUCAGGCGCCGAGCCAAAAAUCGGGUUCAUGAAUGGGUCAGUGGUGUUUUGAAUGAUAUACUUGUUCCGGUGGAAGCAUUUCACCUGCAGAGAAUGUUUCAACCUGUGAUACAGCACAACCAACGGUUUGAUUUUGAUCGUGUUCCUGCUGUUGUCGAGCUAUGCUGGCAGGCAGGGGCUGAUCCUAAUGAUGAAGAUUUGUACAAUGCUGGGACCUUUGAUCAUCCCAUUAGAGGGGUCAAUGUAGUAGAGUCUUUAUCACCUGAAGAUCUGUCAUUGAUAGCCAAUGGAACCUUAAAGGCAUGGGAGACAGUUAGAUCUGGUGUUGAGAGAUUGUUGUUAGUAUACCCAGCUAAAGUUUGUAAGCAUUGCUCAGAAGUUCAUGUUGGACCAUCUGGGCACAAGGCUCGGCUCUAUGGAGUGUUUAAAUAUGAGAAUUGGCGAGGAACGCACUUUUGGAAGAAGGCAGAAGUUGAUGAUUUGGUGCCUCCAAAGAUUGUUUGGCGGCGACGGCCUCAGGAUCCCCCUGUACUUUUGAAUGAGGGACGGGACUACUAUGGGCAUGCACCAGCAGUGGUGGAUCUGUGCACAAAAGCUGGUGCUAUUAUUCCAACUAAGUACUCUUGCAUGAUGAAAUUGAAAGGUCUAUCAGCAACUGUUUGAUUCAAUUUUCCAUGCCAUCAGUAAGUUGCUCCUCAAGGGGGUUGAGUUGAUCUCAGGCAUUUUAAUUUUCAGAUCACUCACUGCCAUCUCAAUCAAUUUUGCAGAGCUUUUAUGUACUUUCACAUCCACAUUAUUGAUUAUUUGUCUGGUAUGACUCUGGAUGAUUCUGCCCUCUGUUAGCUAGAAAUUUUGAUAGCGAAUUUAAUUUUCUCUGUCUGAAUAAAUUCAUUCAAAGAUGAAACAAUAUAAAGUUAUGAUUUUAUGUCUACAUCUUAGCUAAUGAUAUUGCAUGGCUGUUGCAUUUACACCUGCUUUUGACCCAUGAGUUGAGAUCCUAAGAUAAUCUCUCUCUCUCACUCUCUCCAUCCUUCUGUGCUAAUUGUCUGUGAGACACAGAAGUACGGAUUGUACAGUUCCAAUUAUCAAAUUCACGGUUAAGGCUGCGCAUCUAGCACUGUGUACUCACACUAACAGCAGUUUUGUAUUUUACUCUAUGAUUCAUAUCUGUUUUUAUGUUAAGUUUAAAUCAAUCAUGCACUGAGAAAAACUAUUUUUGACAAUUAUUGACCUUAAAUUUCUUCUUGUGAGCCUAUUCUUUUUUUGUCAAAAUAUUUUAGCUGAUAUGCUCCAACUUUGUGAGGGAAAGAACAGAGGAAAUAUUUGCAGUUAACUAUUGGCAGCUAUAAUUUUGUCCUGAUUUUUGGCAGAAGUGAUGCAUCAUGGAUGCUCUUUGGAAAGAAGAUACGUUGUUCUUGCAUGUUAACAAUUUUCGCAUCAAGGGAACUCAAAAUAAUGUUUAUGGUUUUCUCACUUUGGCAGAAUCCUUUCUCAUCAUCUUUUCUGAGAUUCUGAUAUUGUGUUUGGUUCCUUCGGCUGUCUACAAAAUUUGAGAAUUAGCACCACCAUUAUUAUGACUAUAUAUUUGUUUCCUUGAAGAUUUUCUUGAUUUAUAGACAGCACCGCUAUUAGAAUAAAAUGAAUCACUGUUACCCAAAACAAAAAACUUCCCAUAUCUACCAUGACCAAAGAUAGAAUAUAUAGUUAUAAUUUUAGUUUAUUUCCUGUUAUAUAGAUUGCUAAAAUCUUCGUUUUCCCGGAGUGUGGGCAUUUUACGUUUUGUUUCAAAUUAUUCUGUGUGUUAACAUAUAUAGCCACAGUUGCCCAAAUGUAAUCAAAUCAAAGUCCCCCACCUUUCCUGGUCAAUGAUUUUAUUCAAUUUAUUCUUCCUUUUUAACUCUUAACAAUGAAGGUGGUGGUGGAGGUAUUGACAGGAACGCUCUUCUAUAUUCAAGUUAAAAAUGAUGCCACGAUCGGUGAUCUAAAGAAAGAGAUUGGAAGCCAGCAAAAGCUCCUUUGUGACCGUAUGAUUCUACUGCUGGACAAUGAUAAAAGCCGUCUCAUGAGCCAAGAUCAAGAUGAAGUCUCUCUGGUUGAUUGUGGGGUCAAAGAUGGGUCUCACAUCUACCUGUUUUUCAACCCACUUGAUGCUGGGUUGUCUCAAGUUCGACAACAUCUUGGAUUCACUUAAUCAGAUUCUGUAGUGGGAUUGGCCUACUUCUUCGGUGCUAGAAAGAAAUUAACGGGAGAUUUGAUGAUAUUACUUAUGCCUAUUUUUCAUCAUAUAUAUUGUUCCUCAGUUUAUUUCAUUGAUUAUAUAAACGUAUAUAAUUCUAACUGUAUGAAGAUUGAAUUCAUGUAUGCGGGUUGAAUUUAUCAGCAGAAAUACGAAUGCAGACAGAAUGUUUUCGACAGAAA